AUGAGAAAAGGGCUCUGUAAGUUAGUGAAAGAAGGGUCCAUUUUGAAAAGCACUGUGUAAAAAGAGUCCAUUGGGCUCUGCAAAGUGAAUGGGCGAUUGACAGCAAGAGCAAAUAAGCGAUAGUUGACAAAGAAAUGGAGAGACGGAAACAACGAAAUAAGGAAUAAAACUGGAAAAUUGAUGAACUGUCCUGUAUCAUAUGUAAGAUAUAUUUUGAUAUUUUGA